AUGACCGUUUACUCGUUUUACAUCUUUGACCGGCACACGGAAUGCAUCUACACCAAAACCUGGCUCCCCCAAACAUCCUCCACCUCCGAUGGCCAGAGUAGCAGCGUCGUGGGCGGGCAGCAGCAGCAGCAGCAUGGCCCGCCCGGCACCUCCACCGCCACCAGCACCAGCAACAACAACAACACGAUGCAACUGCGGGCCUCCUCCGCGGACGACGCCAAGCUGAUCUUUGGCACGGUGUUCUCGCUGCGCAACAUGGUGCGCAAGCUGGGCGGGGACGACGACGCCUUCGUGGCCUACCGCACCGCCCACUACAAGCUGCACUACUACGAGACGGCCAGCAACCUGCGCCUGGUCAUGCUGACCGACACGGGCACGCCCAGCAUGCGCAACGUGCUGCACCAGGUGUAUAUCAACCUGUGGGUUGAGUAUGUGGUCAAAAACCCGUUAUCGCCGGUCGAACACAAGCGCGGCGUGGGCGUGAAGAACGAGUUGUUCGAGAUGGCACUGGAUCAGUUCAUCAGGGGGCUGGUGUGA